UACUUCAAACACAUUUAAAAUAUUCAUCAGUGUUCUUUUCAUAACGUAUGAUAAUACAUUUCGGUCUACACUCACAAAAACUUUAAAAAUGACUACUAAGUUGAUCGUGUUCGUCGCCUUGUUCGGCCACUUGGCCCUAGCCUAUCCACCUACGAUCUUCGAGCACAACAGUUACGAGCAACACGACGACGACCAUUACGCCCACGCACCCACACCGUACCACUUCGAGUACGCCGUGAAAGACCCACACACCCACGACGUAAAGAGCCAUCACGAGUCGAACGACGGUCACGGCAACGUCAAAGGCUCGUACAGUAUCCUGGAAGCCGACGGUUCAACCAGGGUGGUCGAGUACACCGCCGACGCCAAACACGGUUUCAACGCCGAAGUGAAGAAAAUUAAAGCACCAGCUCACUACCAUAACUCCGACGCCACCAGCUAUUACGAGCCAAACCAUGUUCCAUAUAAACCAGCAUCGCACUUUCAGUCGUAUUGAUGGAUAGAAUGAAAAAGCCGAUAAGAAAUUCUACCAAAUUUGUUACUUUUUUUUUUGAGUGUAUUGGUACAUUCAUUGUUAGCUACAUUUAAGUUGAAACUAUAUUCAAUUAUAAUAAAACACAAUAUUUUCUUUCCACUAUGAAA